AUGAAGAUGAAGACGCUGCUAGUGGCGGAGGGCAGCGUCGUCUCAUCAAGGCUGGCGGACGCAUUUGUCCGCUCAUUGGCAGAAAAUCCAGGAGGUGCUGCACUUCUUCGUGCUGUGCUGGAUGGGCUUCAAGCCCACUCAGGGAACGCCGACCAGUCGCCCCCACCCAGUGAAGAAGGAGAAGAAGAUCGGGAAGACAUCCACGGCCCACCCCUGGACAACAUGAACCCCAGUGGCCGCUACGUGGACGAAGAGCUGGCGGAGGCGACGAGAGCUCUGCGGAACUCACCCGCCAUCAAGUUGACGAAGCUGCAGAUCAAGGCGGACUACAAGGCGUGGAAGUCGGAGGUCCCCUUGCAAAUCGAGACGUGCACCCUCGGCGACAUCACGUACGGCACCGAGCGGGUGGACGAGCUGCGCGACAGCAUGAAGGCCGCGUCGGCGCUCUACAACCAGAUCGUGCAGCACUUCGAGGCCGGCGACGGCAUUAACUCCGACUACCUGCUGCAGGACCUGGUCACGCGCAAGCUGAGGCCGGGUGAGUCGGUCUCGGCGUACGUGGACGACGUCGGACGCAAGGAGUGGCAGCACGCGAGCCUCUUGCUCUCGAACUGCGUGCUGGCUUUCCGCGAUCUGGCGCGUGAGCAUGCCGACUGGAUCAACAACAAUAACAGCAAGUCGUUGAGGCUCGCAGAAGCGCUGCAGCGCCUGCACUCCGCCGAGCACCAGAGAGCCCAUUUGCAGCAGCAGUCCAAGUCUGCUGUGCCGCGUGGAAUGCAAGUCGCUCAAGUGACGAGCAGCAACAACAACAGCAACAAGCGCAGCAAGAAGCAGCGCAAGCGCAACAAGGGCAUCAAGAGCAAUAAGAUGAGCAACGGUGAGGGGCACUGGUACGCCGAGUGCACGGAGAACACGGGUAUCCCGCUGAAGGCCGAGCUGGCUAAGAAGUUGAAGGAGAAGCAGGGCUAA